AUGCUGCCGCCAGUCCUGGCAGUCGUGGGACUGCUGCUUGCCGCAGCUCCUUUGUCGGUGGAUGGCCGCAUGGGCCGUUGUCACCAGGCUCCUAGGUUCACCGUCAACGGCGUCGAGCCGCUCCAGCAGACGCGAGGCAAGGUCACGGUCGUUGCUCUCCUGAUCAGCACCUGCAGCUUUUGCCUGCAGCAAGCGGAAAGGCCACAAUGUGGAGAUGUUCAUUAUAAAUGGGGUGUCGGUGGUUCACCAGACAACAUCAACAAUCUAGUCAGCCGCGUAUCAUUUCCAGUAUAUCAGGAUGACAGUUCUGAACAGAUUUGGAACCAAGUCUUCAGGGGCAGAAAAGAUGAUAUUCUUAUCUUUGACAGAUGUGGAAAACUUACUUACCACCUGGAGUUUCCAGCAGUAUAUCUAGGCUACAACUAUGUGCGGACUGCAAUACGAAGAACACUCAAUCGUCCCAUAUGCCCAGCAUGCCAAGAUCAGUCCACUGACCCACAUAACAGCAUGAUGGGCGACGCUCCAGCAGCAAAUAGAUUUGCUCCUAGACAGUCACGUCCUCGUGGUCAUCGCAACAGGAAUCGCAACACCAACCAAAACAGGAACCACAGCCACUGUCCAAGGGAUGACCCCCUGUGCACAGAAAUUCAUCAAGUCACACAGCAGUGGCACCGUCUCCAGAGACAAAAUACUCUGAGCCACAACUUUAAUGAGCAAGAAGGCUUGAGAAUCUUCACAGAAGAGGCUGGCACCCAGUUUCCUGGAAUGGCUCCUCUUUGAGAAUGCACACGAUUUAACACCACAACACAACGCUUGCGUCCGAGUCACAGAUGUUAUUGUCCAAAGGAUGAUGUGUCUCCAAAUUGUAACUGUUCUUACCCUUUACAUGGUCAAUCUGAUGCUAUCAUUGGUUGGAGAUGUGGUUGCCACCACCCACAUGAGUAUGUGCGAAAUCUUUGUCGCUGUCGUGCAUGCUUUGGCCAUCGUGAGUGUCAAGUUCCUAUCAUAAAGUCAGUCUGUCACAUGAGAUGUAGAUGCCCAUCUGGCUCAGAUGAUGCCAGCACACAGAUGAUAGAGACAUCUUGACAGUGACAUGAAGACCAACUAACAUCCUGACAGACACAGAAUGCCAUCUGACAGCACACUGGUCAGGGAGAUAGAUGACAAUGACAAAGUGGUCAGUUAAGAACUUGACAAUGACAAAGUGGUCAAACUGGGCCUGACAAUGACAGAGUGAAGUCGGUAAUUGACAAUGAGAAUCAUCUUUAAAUACCGUUCCCUGAGAGUGAAACGGUCAGUUAAAGUCAUGACGAUGACAGCUUGGUCACAACUGACAGUGACAAGAUGGUGUUUCAGGGUCUAGCUGAGAGUGACAAAAUAGCCAGCUCUCUUCCUGACAAUGAAACAAUACAGAGGAAGACACCAGCUGACAGUGACAACUGGGUCAACUCUCAUGAAGAUGACAAAACAGAAACUGACAGUGACGAAAGCUAAUCAACCAUGCUUCAGGCAGACAGUGACACACCAACAACUCACGGUCCUUACCAUAUGGCACAGGUCAGUCACUGUGACAGGGAAACAGAAUGUUGUGACAACAGCAUGAUAUCCACAGAUGACAAUGACAUCCGUCAUUUCAGUAGGCCGUCAUGUCCCUCAGAGUCAUUCUUUGAAAAGCUGUGGUGGCAAAACACAUCAGUCUAUUCCUGCUUUACCUCAGACAAACAGGUCAGUAUGAAACCAUUGGACAAAACCUAGCGGCGUUCAACAGCUGAACUUUGAUCAGUGCUGUCUAAGGUAAAGAUGGAAAUGUUGCUUUCUUAUGUCCUAUACGCUGAAAAUAUACUUCUUUUUAUGAGAAUAUAACCUCUGGCUUCUUAAGUUUCAGUAUUCUAAUGAUAGAAUAAUCAUUCUGUGCAUUUGAUUCUAAAUUUACUUAUCAAUUAUUAUACUUAUUCUACUUUUACAAUUAUUAUACUUAUUUACUUACCAAAAUCCCACAUAUGAUCAAUACUACAGAGCUUCAACUGAUCUGUAUGUCACAUUUAAAUUAUUAGAAAUCUGAUAUAAACUGAUAAUAAAAUACAAAAGUUAUUAUUAUAUUUUAACUGUUGUACUAAAAAUGAACAUUUAUACAGCAUCAAACAAUUUUCAAACUUAACUACAUUUGUCACAUGUAUGCAAUGUUAACAGUGAUUUAAAUGGCAUCAUAUAUUAACAUGUAUUAACAAGCAUGUAAUCUUGACACUUCAUAACCAAUACUUCAAGAUUUGAUAAUUUUAUUAUUAUAAUUAGGUAAUCAUAAAUUCUACUUGAUUCAUUAUCAUAAGAUAAUAAUAAUUAUCAUUAUAUAGCUAAUCAUAAAGACUACUUGAUAAUAAGUUUCAUUUAUGCAUUCAUAGCACCUUGUUUGUUUACAGCUGCUUUAACACAUGAUGACAAAGUAACAAGUGAAAACUUGGUUUAAAAUUAUAUAAAAGAUAUCUCAGUUAUAUGUCACUUCAGAACUGAACUGUGCUAAAGUAAACAAAUGAAACUGCUUCUGUAACAACAGACAAGUUUGAUAUCUUCAGAAAUCACUCAAAAGAAAACAGAGUUUCUUGGAUUUAAUUUCUUUCAUAAAACAUUAGGUUUGGGACCAGGAUUAUUGAUUAUUUUCCUCCUUGCAUCUGAGCAAACCAAGUCUGGCCACACAGUCAUUUUUGUGAUGUAAAAGAAAAACCAAUAGAACAAAAUUAAUAUUUUGUCAUUUAUUAUAAUUCUAAUUUAACCAGUUUUGUGUAACCAGCAUAGAAAAAUGUGAAAGUAACAAGUGCAAUUUUAUGAAUUAAAAAAAUUGUAUAUGCAAAAAGUAUGCAUCCCUUUUCAGCAUAUGUUCUACAUGUCAAAUGUGAUAUAAAUAUUGCAGCUUUUGUGAGAAAAUGAUUAAAGAACAAAAUUUAA